GUCGCAGGAAACUGGUCUAACUGGGGAGCUUGGUCUGCCUGUAGUGAAACGUGUGGAAAUGGGACAAGGAAUCGUACACGUUUGUGCAACAAUCCCGCUCCAGCUCACGGUGGAGCAGCUUGCCAAGGUGACGCAAAUAUUACAGAAGCUUGUUUGGUUCGCUAUUGUCCAAGUAAGUCGAAUUUAACUCACCCUUGAUUUCAAUCAUACAGUUAAGAUAUAUAUCUUCAGUGACUCUGUUUUGCUACUAAGGUAUCUAUACAGGAGGUAACAAUCAAACUCAAGUUUGGUUAUUAUAUUCAAAAAACUCAUCCUUCUGCUUCAUUUGCUUCAGUUGCGGGAAAUUGGUCUAACUGGGGAGCUUGGUCUGCCUGUAGUGAAACGUGUGGAAAUGGGACAAGGAAUCGUACACGUUUGUGUAACAAUCCCACUCCAGCUCACGGUGGAGCAGCUUGCCAAGGUGACGCAAAUAAUACAGAAGCUUGUUUGGUUCGCUAUUGUCCAAGUAAGUCGAAUUUAACUCACAUUUGAUUUAAAUUAUACAGUUAAGAUAUAUAUCUUCAGUGACUCUGUUUUGCUACUAAGGUAUCUAUACAGGAGGUUAGUGUCAAAUUCAAGUUUGGUUAUUAUAUUCUAAAAACUCAUCCUUUUGCUUUAUUUCCUUUAGUUGCAGGAAAUUGGUCUAACUGGGGAGCUUGGUCUGCAUGCAGUGAAACAUGUGGUAAUGGAACAAGGAAUCGUACACGUUUGUGCAACAACCCCGCUCCAGCUCACGGUGGAGCACCUUGUAAAGGUGACCCAAAGAGUAUCGGAGCCUGUUUUGUUCGUCAUUGUCCAAGUGAGCCAAAUUUUCACGUUUUCUGUAGAAAUAACCAUUGACAGUAUAUAAUUAUUUUUUUUAGUACUUUGGUCUACGUAAAGGAGCUAAAAGUCGACACAAGCAGUACGCUUCAUCCAUCAUUAAGAAAGUUUGUGUUACUGGCUACUAUACAUAGCAGCGUGGUCGAGUGGUCAGGGCGUGGGACUCGAAAACUCGCGGUUCCGGAUUCGCGUACCGCUCUGGCCACUCGCUGGAUUUGUUCUCGCUCGUCCCGAGGUCAAAACCUCGGCCAUGCUUGUGUUCUCGGUUUUCACAUGACGUCACCAAAAUUCAGACUAAGAAACUCUCGACUCUUCUGAGUUUCUGCUUUCAUGAGGUAUUACAACAUUUAAACACCUUAAUUCAAUCAAAUUUUCAGUUCGAAAGGGUUCUUUGUUUAGCGAUAGAGGACGCUUUAAUUUAACUUUGCGUGACGCGGCAUCUUAAUCUGGCGGCCGGGAAAGCUCUUAAGGGGGCGUAUAACAAUGUUACCGAUUUUUGGAGAUUUUGCUAUCUGAACAUUCCUUGUCUCAGAAUAAAUAAUACUUUAAUCUUUAUGAGUUUCUCAAGCGAUGAAUUCACCCAUUUGUAGGAAAGCUCAAAAACAGCUGUUUCUGUUGGUUUCCGGCGGCCAUAUUUGUGCCCCUCAAAGGGACACCAACAUUGCGUCUCCAUUUCCGAAUAUCUCGCAUAUAAAAUAUCGCACAGACCUGCUUUUAGGCGAGGAUUUUUGCAUAUUAUCUUCUUUCAUUCCCCAAUUCUGGACUUUCUGUAUUAAAUGGUUUGCAUUUUUAUUUUUGAUUACGUGACAGAAACAGAGAAUAGGCCGCGACUCCUGCCAGUUGGGGUUUUUAAUCCUGUUACGUUGUAUUUGAAUUAUUUCUAGGUGUUUGAGUGGAAUGCCUGUUAACUAGCUGGAUAAGCUAAGUGUAAUUUCCACUAUAAUCAAACCUUUAAAGCGUUUUUAAACCUUUUAAACUUGAAACUGGUCUAACUGGGGCAAGUAAAAAAGUAUAAUACAAUCUACAAAAAUGUACAAAAAACACCUUAAAAACCAGGAGAUGUCGCUUGCUCAUUGUUGUCACAUUUCCUUUUUUGUGAAAAUGACAAAAAGAACCUACCCGUUUCGAAACCAUUUCUGGUGGUUAACCACACCAAUACUCAACUAACCGGGCCUUUUUUUCAUUUUAGCGACAUCACCACCUACUACGACACUACCACAAACCACAACGUCACCUCCUGAAACGACUAAGCCCCCAAGCACCACAGCGUCGCCAGAUACUACAACACCAUCUGUCCAACCGACAGGUAAUGACUAUACUAACCUCAAAUACUGCCACUAUGACCACAGACGUUCCAAACUCAAAAUGAUGUCAGCGCAUGUUAAAAAUUAAAACGUCUGCUGAUAAUGCGUAACAAAUGGUGACUAAACAAGGUAAGUAAUAUAUGUCUUCCUAUCAAUCAUUUAUGAAUAACUCUGUUUUAUUGUUUGUUUCAGGAAUCAACCGCACAUACAUCGACAUCGUAUUUACACUCAUUGCUUCGUCCGAUUUUUCAAACGAAACGUACGCUCUAAUGGAAACCACUGCAAAACAAUUCAUUGAAGAAUAUGAAUAUGUGAACUAUUACGUCAUUGCCUACGUUGAUGGGGUUAUCAAACUGGUCAAUCUUAGUUUCGGUGCCGACAACUCCAAUGCUGCCGCUGGGCGCGCCCGACGAGCCGUGGGUGCAUCGGAACCUUUGAUCACUGUUCUAGAAGAAGCUCUAGUUGCCUUCCAAAAUAACUCUUUGGGCGAAUCCAACAAUCGCAAGGCCUUAGUUGUUAUGACAGACAUAAGUUCUUCUGCCGAUAAGAACAGCCUUGAAAAGGCAGUGAGACCUAUAGAGGAAAGUGGAAUACUUGUGAUUUCUGUGCCGAUUGGAGCAGUGAAUAGGACGGAAUUGCUUAUCAUCUCGCCUAAUCCUCUGGAUGUUAUUUCAGUUGAUAAGAACCUACAGCCUCUCCAGUUGGCCAAUCGUAUCAGGGAGAGGAUUAUACGUAAGAAUCAUUUUCUUCUAAAAAAAUAAUUGCUAAAAUUGGAAGAUAUGUGAGUAUUUUACCAAUCGGAUACACUUUACUUAUCACGACAUAAAGUUUAAGAGAGAAACGCUCUUACGUCAAAACUUUUCUUAUCACGGGUUUCCAGUAACUCAGUGAUUUUGGUGUGUCGAAAAAUUAGGUCAACUUCCGCUAGAGUUGAUUUGCGUCUGGACGCCCUGUAGCCCCCAUGGGUACGUCCCCGUCAAUAGAGGUAUCCCUGUCAAUAGAAGAAAACCAGGAGACUUCGUUGAAGUAACUGAAUGCUGCAAAAUGUUUACGUUUCAUAUUCAUAUAGGGUUUUGACAAGUGUGAGGUGUACUUGGGUUUGCUAUCGUUGACAAAGUUAACACCAUUUCCUGUCCCGAUUCUUAGGUAAGAUCCCAGAGAUUGAUGUUGGCUUUGCCUUAUCUGUUAGCUCCAUUGAAUCAACGGUCAUCUAUGCUGUGAUGGUCCAGGCAUCCAGUACCAUAAACGAGCGGUAUAGAGACUUCAGAGUCCGCUUCAACAUCAUUGUGUACGGAACUAAAAAAACAACAAGAUUAAGCGAAUUUUUCAACACACUUCUCAGUCAUAAAGACCUCAUAACGUCCGUGAGAAAACUGGAAAACGUUUCUUCAUUACCUCUUCAAGAAAAGUUGCGGGAGGCUGAGAAUCUUUUCAGAUCAACAGGAAGGCCGUUUGCGAGGAGGGUAUUCGUCCCCAUCACAGACGCCGGAAAUGGUAGUGAAAUUAUAACUGGAAGUAAUAUAUUGAGAUCUCACGGCAUUCUGUUUUUGUCCCUAAACAAAAAUGUGGAUCAACUUAGUUCAGUGACAAUCAGCCAUGUUGAUAAUCUUGGAACACCAAGCACAACUGACAGAAGAGUAGUCAUCGCGGAGGAAAUCAUAUAUCAAGCAUUACGAGGUAUGGUGAAUUAUAACUCUCAUUGCAUGCCUAACUUACAAGAAGUUAGCCAAGAAUCAUGCAACACUCAAACUUAAUCUAUCAGCUAUUAAUAAAAUCCAACUAGUGGUCUAUCAUCAAUGCUGUGUUUUGAUUGGCUGAGCUACUGCUAGGCUAUAUGUUAUAGCCCACUAGUAGCAAAAAGCCCCGGCUUUUUGGACGCAAAAGUCUAGCUUUAACUAGAUAAAGUUGCUUUGCCCCGAUAUUUUUGACCAACUAGUUGGAUUUUACUAAAAAGAUUAUUCCUCUCGCCUUCAUGGCGUCUUAGCCAAUAGCCCAUGAGGCCGAAUAACUGUUAAUUAGGUUCAUCUUUGUAUGGCGGCAACUACAAAGGGAUUACACCCUAAAGCUUUGAACAAUUUCCUGACGCAAAUCUCUUUUUGUUUGCAUAAAUCUCUUUCUGUUAGUCAUGGUUUUUUUUUUUUUGCGAUAUUCAAGGUCACCUAUCGAAGUACAGACGCGCAUGAAGGCAGUGACGCAUUCCAGUUCACAAGGCCUUGCCCAAUUUAGGCAUAAACGUAAAAUUAGCAAUUGCUUAGCGGUCUUUUCGUUAUAAAGAGUGAAAUCUUUCUAAGAAGGGUAGUGCUGGAACCACCUACAUGGUAUUCCACUAGGUGCUAAUCUACGAGUGGUAUUCGCCUUAUGAAGAAUCACAGAAAUGACUGAAGACGGCUCUAUUUCCGCCACUCUCCGCUGGGUUUGGGGGCGGUAUCAUUUUCCGAACAGCGGCUGGUAAUGGACCCUACUAAAGAACGUAAGGCAGAGAAAUAGGCAUGCACAUAUCGCAAAAAAAAAAGUUGUAAUAAGCCUAACUCAAUCAUACCUACCAGCUUGACUAGUUUUAAUUAGUAUUUACCAAAUCAGUGAGUCGAAAUUUUCGCGCGUUUUGAUUGGCUCCCGUGACUCGUGCAACAAUCCCGCUCCAGCUUACGGUGGAGCACCUUGUAAAGGUGACGCAAACAAUAUAGAAGUCUGUUUGGUUCGUUAUUGUCCAGGUAAGACUAGUUUCCACUACUGGUGCGUAAAUAUAUGAACAUACGUAACGGAAUCCUUUUUUAGCAGUUCAGUAUCUUUCAAGGAACUAGAAUUCGACACAUGCAAGACGUUUUCUAAAACAUUUUAGCUAAAAUUAUAUUUUCAAAAGUCAUUCUUCUGCUUCUUUUCCUUUAUUUGUAGCGAAUUGGUCUCCCUGGGGUCCUUGGUCUGCCUGUAGUGAAACGUGUGGAAAUGGAACAAGGAGUCGUACACGUCUGUGCAUCAAUCCCGCCCCACCUCAAGGUGGAGCACCUUGUAAAGGUGACGCAAACAAUAUAGAAGCCUGUUUGAUUCGCCAAUGUCCAGGUAAGUUAAUUGGCACUUCGUGUGUGGAAAUAUAUGAUAAAGAAAUAUAAUUGACUAUCUUAUUCGGUCUUCCUAAAAGAGCUACAAGUCGACAGGUGCAAUAUUUGACUAUUUCUAAUACAUAUCUUCUACUACUUCGCCUCUAGUUGCUGGCAAUUGGUCUACUUGUCUACUUGGUCUACUUUAUUAGUAAGUUAGGACACUUGGCGUGUUGCUGUCAAAAAUUGCGACCAUGUAGGACGAAAAGUACUAUUUUAUUGACACAAAAUAACAUUGAAAAGGCGAUCUCUGUACCAAAGGAAGUCGGGGUGUGUUAGUUGAAACACCAGCACGAACGACAAAGUAUACUUACCGCAACCGAGUGAAGGUACUAAACAUUCUAAGAUGCAAUCACUACAAGGCAAUGGCUGCUACUAUAACCAACAAAAAUGGUUGAAACAAGUCCGUACGAUAAUUAAAACCAACAGGACUAUUAAUUCUCUUCCUUAAGCUUUGGUAAAACGGGCGACAAAAACGUGCAACUUGUUUUGCAAAAUUGCUGCUGAACAAGAUGAAAAGCGAUAUUGCGCGUUUUACCACCCACGUUCAAACCUGUUAACAACCUGAUUUGUUGAAAGACAGGUUUGAUAUGGGUGGUAAAACGCGCAAAAUCGCUAUUCAACUUGUUUUGCAGCAAUGUUGCAUGAUUUUUGUCGCCCGUUUUUCCGUACCUUCAGGAGUGUUUUCAUCAUGAAGAGCCAAAGAAAACCACUGAAGGAAGGUACGCGACAGCUCUAGGUAGCUGUCGGUUUUCCGACACCCCCAGUUAUAAUGGAGUAUUCAUAAAAAAACGGAAAAACGUAAAUCAAACAAAUAUUUUUUUAACCGUUUUUUCCCCUCAUCUAGAACUGGAUGUAACUUUUGCUUUAAGUGCCACUUCUGUCGAGUCCCAAAAAACCUUCGUCUUGAUGAGGGGAACGAUAAUCAGUAUCAUCAAUCGAUAUGGUAUCGACAGAAUUCAUUACAGUGCUAUCGUCUUUGGCAGUGGUAUUCCAACCACAAGUUUUGACUUUGCUUCAAACAUACCAGACCAGGAUGAACUGAUUCGCAAAGUGAUACGGUUGCGCAAGAGAGAUGGACGUCCAGAUCUUGAGCAGGCUCUGGAAGAGGCAAAGCGAAUUUUCGAGUUGCGAGAGGUAAGGCCAAACGCUAGACGCAUACUCGUGGUAAUCAUGGACGAUGCGACUGUAAGCAGUAGAGAAGAACUGAGUAAAGUAGUCCAUGCUUUGGUCAGAAACAGCGUUUUCAUCGUCGGUGUAGGAAUUGGAUCAUCCGUUAAUGCCACUGAUUUGCUCAUAAUCACGAGGGAAGAGCAGCACAUUCUUAUUGUCAAAAUCAACAAAGAGGAUGAUGAAUUGGCUGAGGAAAUCAUGAGAGUCAUUGACCCGAGAGUUGCACGU